CCUCUUUACCACCUUGCGCAUUAUCCAUCGACUACUCUUGCGACCGAUGGGAUUACAUAUGGACGACAUCCAUGCACCGACCGUGUCCUCGGGCCCGACCACUUCAGGCCAUUCGAAUGGCGUACCCAAGGCACAGCUGUCGCUCCAGGAGCUCAUAGCAGAGAAGGACAGAGUAGAAGCCGAACUCAAAGCGCUGGGGCAGGUACUCGAUUCGCACGGCGUGAAAAUGACUACCGGCCUCACUACCCUCGAUGGAUUCCCUCGCAGUGAUAUCGAUGUUCCGCAGAUCCGGACAACGAGAGCACGCAUAAUAAGACUGCGAAAUGAUUAUAAGGAGCUUAUGGACCACAUCGAGAAGGGGCUUCACGCACACCACGCUCGCCUUCAGCAACAACAAGCCGAAAACAAUAACACCACCGCAGGCCGAAGUCUAGCGAGCGGACCUGCAUCGAGUGCUUUGGAGGCGCCAUUCGCGAAGGUCAACAGCAUCGUGGCUGGCAGUCCGGCAGAGUCUGCAGGUCUGAAAGUGGGAGACAGCAUAACAAAGUUUGGCUGGGUGGACUGGACGAAUCACGAGAAGCUCAGCAGAGUUGCGGAAGCUGUGUCGCAAAAUGAAGGACUGCCAAUUACUGUAAAAGCGCUACGACAAAGCGCGACAGGUGGGCCGUCGGAGUCGGUUGAGAUGCAGCUCACUCCAAGACGGAAUUGGGGCGGCAGAGGCUUGCUGGGCUGUCAUCUGCUUCCUUUGUAAAGUUUCCCUCAUCUUCUCUUCUAUCUAUCUAGCUGAGGCUGCUGAUGGGCCAGCGGCGGCGAUUGCUGCGUGGCAUGCAUGGAAUGGACCAUACCUUUUUCGCGUUGGCAAUAGCAUGAUAUCCCCGGCGUUAAGAGAUUGUAAAAGCACCUAUGAAUGGAAGAUGGUGUGGAAGUGCUUUCAAUAUAGUAAUGGAGUGAUAGAGUGAUCAUGUUUA